GGAGCUCUCCGUGGUGCUGGAGUGCAGCAAACAAAGUACCGAUUUAUUUUUAUUUUUUUCCCCUCCCAAAAUGCAAUUAAGGACACGCUGAACACAUGUGUACCUUGCGGUUUGUGUGAAUGAGGUGAACAUGUGCCCGUUUGUCAGGACUUGUUCCGUCCAUCUGCUGCUCCGCCUCUAUUUUCAGUCACUUGGCGGCUCUGCGCAGGACAACAUCUCAGACACAUGACUGCUGAAUUCACCAUCAGCCUGCAGUUCAAAAAUCAUCUGCGGUGCAUGCAGCUUGUUUGCAGCAGAGCAGCUCAAAUGUUCCUUGGAUCGAGAUAAUUUGCAAGAUGAAACGAUGGAGAAUCCAAAUUUUACUUCCCUUGUUUCUGUGUGCCAGUAUUUUGCCAAUUUGUUGGUGUGCCCAUGGGAAAUACGCUCAGAAGCUCCUGAAUGAUUUGUUCACCAACUACACCAGCGCUCUGAGGCCUGUGGAGGACACGAACACCAUCCUGAAUGUGACUCUGCAGGUUACACUGUCGCAAAUCAUCGACAUGGAUGAGCGAAACCAAAUUUUGACUGCAUAUUUAUGGAUACGGCAAGUGUGGGUUGAUGCACACCUCACAUGGGAUAAAGAUGAUUACGAUGGACUCGAUACCAUCCGCAUACCUAGUAGUUAUGUAUGGAGACCUGAUAUAGUCCUAUAUAACAAUGCAGACGAUCAUUUCACAGGCUCCAUGGACACCAACGUGGUGAUCCGACAUGAUGGCCAGAUAAUGUGGGAUUCCCCGGCCAUCACCAAGAGCUCGUGCAGAGUGGACGUUUCUUUCUUCCCCUUCGACGCUCAGCAGUGCAGGUUCACGUACGGCUCCUGGACCUACAACGGCAACCAGCUGGACAUCCUGAACGCCAUGGAGAGCGCCGACUUGGCCGACCUGGUGGAGAACGUGGAGUGGGAGGUGCUCGGGAUGCCAGCUAAGAGGAACAUCAUUCUGUACGGCUGCUGCGCUGAGCCCUACCCAGACGUCACCUACACACUGAAACUCAAAAGAAGAGCUUCGUUCUACGUUUUCAACCUGCUCAUACCGUGUGUGAUGAUCUCUUUUCUGGCUCCACUGGGCUUCUACCUGCCGGCUGACUCUGGAGAGAAGGUUUCUCUGGGCGUCACCGUCAUGCUGGCGCUCACUGUCUUUCAGCUUUUAGUUGCAGAGAUCAUGCCGCCCUCUGAGAGUGUGCCGCUUAUUGGUAAAUAUUACAUUGCAACGAUGACCAUGAUCACGGCCUCCACUGCUCUGACCAUCUUCAUCAUGAACAUACACUACUGUGGCCCAGACGCCAAGCCUGUCCCCAAGUGGGCCAAGAAAGUCAUUCUGCAGUACCUGGCCAGGAUGUGCUUUGUUUAUGAAGUUGGGGAGAACUGCAUGUCACCCCCGACGGAGAAACCAGAGCCUCCGCCUGUCAAGAACACCAACUGCACCAUGAACGGCCAGGCAGGACCAAGCAGGGAGGAGUGCGCCUUCAAAAUGGAGAAAGAACAAGAGAGAGUGGCCUCUGUGACCACAGAGGAGAGAGAAGACAUGGAUCAGGUGAUGAGUCCGAUCGGCUCCAUAGGGAAGAACCCAACGAGCCACUACAGCACCUGGAAGAACGACAUUUUCAUGAGCAUGGACAACGGCGACUCAGAGGGUCCGAGGAGAUACAGGAAGGGAGGAGUGAGCGACGGAGAGAGAAAAGACAGAGAGAAUCCCUGCAGCAGCCAAAGCAACGAGAAGCUGCUGCUGCGUAACAUCGAGUACAUCGCCAACUGUUACAGAGAUCAGAGAGCCACACAGAAAAGGACAGGGGAGUGGAAGAAGGUGGCCAAAGUUUUAGAUCGCCUCUUCAUGUGGAUAUUUUUCAUUAUGGUGUUUCUAAUGAGCCUUCUCAUCAUGGGAAAAGUCAUCUAAUUCUAGAACAAUCUAGACGUCAAAUGGUGUACAUAACUCAGAGAUUAUUGCAGAAAGUAUUAUCCAGUAAUUUAAUACACAUUUAGAAUCACCAACAUCUUAGAGAUGGUACAUCCUGAAGGAUAUUUCAUUUUAUACUGUGGAUUUAUGUAAGAGUAGACUUAGAUCUUUGAUAGACUCGGUGUUUUUGAGUUGUUACUAACAACAUUUGCCCCUGUGCUGUGUGAAAUUUAUUACGCUCACCCAAAAAAUAACAAGCUUGUUGUCAACUCAACAUUUUUUUAAUGAUGGAAUUUUCACAACUGUUCACUUUUGUGUUUUUCUUUAAAUAAAUAAAAUCUUGAUUAUUUUUUUA